CGCUGACCAAAAAGAAAACUAAAAAAAAGAAUCAAUCAACCAAAAUAUACUCGGAGUAGAGAGAAGAGCAUCGAAGACCAGACCAACCCCAAAAAUCAACAGAUUCGCAAAAUGGAGUAGCUCCAGGGGGAAUCGAGUGUUCAUAAUUUGGUGGGUUCCUGUUUCUUUUUGUUUGGCCGGCGAUGGAGAAUUUGGUAGCCACUGCAAGCAACUCAAUCCAAGCUCUGGGCAGAGGGUUUGAUGUCACAUCGGAUAUCAGGCUCUUGUACUGCAAGGGAGCGCCCGGGUCACGCCUGGUUCAUCUGGAUGAAGAACGCACCAAGAAUCUUGACCUGGCUUCCGGCCUUUUCGUCCCUAAUGUCUCUGAUGAUAUUCAGUGCAGGAGAGGAGUUCGAGCCACUGAGGCCACGCCUGUCUUUAGCUUCCAUGAGAUGGCUAAAUACUUCAAUGACAUGUCAAGUAUACAUGGACAGAUUCCACUUGGACACUUUAAUGCCAUGUUUAAUUUUACCGGUUCUUGGAGACUUGAUGCUGCAGCUACAAAGUCUCUUGCAAUGAUUGGACAUGUGAUUCCACUCUUCACUGUAAAACUUGCAAAAUCAAAGUCUUUAAUUGUGCGCGAUGAAAUCAAACAUGCUGUUCCAUGUUCUUGGGACCCACCAUCAUUGGCAAGUUUCAUUGAAAACUAUGGCACUCAUAUUGUCACCUCUGCAACAAUUGGUGGAAGGGAUGUGGUUUAUAUUAAACAACAUCAGUCGUCUCCCUUGUCAGUGUCUGACAUUGAAAAUUAUGUGAAGGAUAUAGGCGACCAGAGGUUCUCAGAUUCAAAAGGCCUCCCAAGUUCCGGUCCAUUGAAAUACAAUGACAAGGACGUAACCGUAAUUUUCAGAAGAAGAGGGGGUGAUGAUCUUGAGCAGAGUCAUGCCAAAUGGGCUAAGACUGUAGAAACAACUCCAGAUGUGAUAAAUAUGACAUUUACUCCUAUUUCUUCAUUGUUAGAAGGGGUUCCCGGAAUAAAGCACCUAAGACAUGCGAUCGAAUUAUACUUGGAAUACAAGCCGCCUAUAGAGGAUUUGCAGUAUUUCUUAGACUUCCAAAUGUCUAGAGUAUGGGCUCCGGAGCAGAAUAUCCUUCCAAGAAAAGAGCCUGUCUGCCCUACCCUUCAGUUCAGCUUGAUGGGCCCAAAGCUUCAUAUUAGUCCCGAUCAGGUAACGGUUGGACGCAAACCAGUCACGGGUCUGAGACUGAGCCUAGAAGGGUGCAAGCAGAACCGGCUAGCUAUCCAUUUGCAGCACCUUGUAUCUCUUCCUAAAAUUCUUCACCCACAUUGGGACCCACACGUGGCUAUCGGUGCACCCAAGUGGCAAGGUCCAGAGGAGCAGGACAGCCGAUGGUUCGAACCGAUAAAGUGGAAGAACUUCUCCCACGUAAGCACCACACCAAUAGAGCACGCAGAUACAUCCAUUGGAGACCUCUCUGGUGCCCACAUUGUGACUGGGGCCCAGCUCGGCGUAUGGGAUUUCGGGGGUAAGACUGUCCUCCACCUCAAGCUCCUCUUCUCCAAGGUGCCAGGGUGUACGAUACGGAGAUCCGUGUGGGACCACAACCCCUCCCCUCCACCUCCACUUGAUGGAGGUGGUGGUUGUUCUUCUUCUUCCUCCGCGUCUGUCGGAAAACUGGGGAAGAUUGUGGAUAUGACGGAAAUGUCCAAGGGGCCACAGGACACGCCGGGGCAUUGGUUGGUCACGGGGGCUAAGCUUGGAGUCGAUAGAGGUAAAAUCGCGUUGCGCUUGAAGUACUCCCUCUUGAAUUAUUGAGCUAAAGAGACAGACAUUAAUGGCCAUUCCUUUACACCAUUUUAUAUGUAUUCUUCUUUGUAAAUUCAGUUAGUUGUAGGGCAUUCAUUCUGAGGUAGGCAGUUAGUCC